AUGAUGAUGCUGUGGUCCAUAGUGUCUUGGACGCAGGCAUGGAUGACCGGCAGGGCCAGCUUUUAUGUUACCCGUGCCUUAAUCGGGGCGUUUGAGGGUGGUUUCAUCCCUGGUACUAUUCUGUUUGCAACGUACUUCUACAAAACGAAGGAGUUGAGUGUGCGGCUCGCUUUCUUCUGGUCGACAUUGAACGUUGCUCGCAUUAUCUCGUCUCUGCUUGCCGCAGGUAUUUUGGAGAUGCGUGGAGUUCACGGAAAGACAGGCUGGUUCUGGCUUUUCCUGAUUGAGGGUCUCUUGACUUUCCUCAUUGGUCUAGUGAGCAUCCUCUACCUUCCAAGCUCCCCAACCAACACGAAGAGCGUUCUCGUUCCCAGACCAUGGUACACCGAGCGCCAAGAGGUGAUCAUGAUCAACCGCCUGCUCCGCGACGACCCAUCGAAAGGCCUCACCAACAUCCACGAAAGCGCAACCCUCAGUGACGUACUGCGUGCCUGGAGCGACAAGUCCAUGUGGGGUGGGAUCCGUCAUCUCGUCUCGUAA